AUGGUCUCGGUAGAUCUGGCAGAUCUCUUGGCUAAGGUGCUCCCCACCGGGGUUGAGAUAAUCGUCCGCCAUGUAUCCUCAACACCCACUCCAUCCGAUGCUCUCUUUGCAGCUGCUCCCGGCCAGGCUUCCGAGCUGACUUUCUGCGAAAAUCACUUCCUCUCGGUAUCAAUUGAUUCAAAGGAUGAGGGUGAAACAAUCAUUUUCGGAAUGGAGGUGAUGGUCUACAACACGGCCCACUUAACCACCAUCUUCAUCUCAAAGGCCGACUCAACCGGCUUCCUGCAUCUGCUCAAACUGCCACGCAAAAUCUCGAUCUUAAGACUGGUCUCUAACACAUUCCUAUCGUUCCUAGCUCGGACGCGCCAACGACCCGGUGUGCGCCUGGUCGUGUCGCUUUUUGCCCGCGCUCAGAACCAGUACUUGUUCCCCGGCAGUAUUGAAAACUCCGAAAAACACGUUCUGGACGACAGAGGUCUUAUCAAAUGGUGGUGCCGCGCUCUUGAUCCAAUUCUACGUGAGCAUGAGCCAGAGUCUGCGCUCCAGGAGACCAAGCCCCUGGAUCAAACGGUUGAAGCUGCCAAGGCCUCUGCUACCGCGUACCUGAUCGUUCCAAGCUGCGACCGCUUUGAGACUCGCAAUUUCUUCCCGGCUACUGCCAAAACAGAUCCAAAGGAUCGUCCAAGAUGGCUCAAUGGCUACCCGCUGAAACAAUUGUACCACGAUCCUUCGGCCCCGCCUCGCUGCUUGGUGCCUCGGUUCCCGGAUGAUCCCAAAACUCGCUUCCUGAUCGAUCUAGACGAUGAGCUUCCGGAAGAGAAGGAGGGUCAGCCCGCUGCACCCGAUGCCGGACGCUGGCGCAGCGUCAAGUCCCUAGACCAAUUCUGGGAGAUGAUGUCUUUCCGCCAGGAAUGCUCUGCUGGUCGUCUUGUGGGUUUCUUGUGGUUGGUUAUCAAUCCUCCGGGUCUCAUGAACUCGACACCAAUGGAAAGUCAAACCCGCCAUUCUGCUGAGACUAGCCCUUUGCCCAAUGUAACAGAUGUCCCCGGAUCAGUUACAGAGGACAUCACAGCUAAGUCCUCUGACCAAUCCGAAGCAAAGGACACUCCGGUACCGGCAGCAGCGGUUUCUUUGGCCCCAGAAACUACCCCCGAGCUACCCCGGAGUGAAGAAAUUAUCAACCCAUUCGAUUGGCCAGAGGCUGGACGCGGAAACGUUGUUCUCAACGAAGCAGACUACAAAACGAUGAUGGACACCGUUCUGGACCACUACUACGACGAAAAGGAUAUUGUUGCCAGCACCAAAGCCUACGUUGAUCAAGUUGCUGCUCUCGCAGACGAGCUUACAUGGGGGAAGAAGGUCGUCGGCAGCAACGCCGAGAUCAACGCUCCCCCGGCUACCGACACCGGCAAAACCAACAAUAUCCUCGAUCUCGGGCUGAUCCGCAAGCGAAAGAAGUCCUUAGGUGAGGCAGCUGUCGCUGCGAACGAAAGCCAAGAACCGAAUGGAGCGGAAGACGCGCCAGCACAAUCGCCGGCUGGAGUCAAUGUGCUCAAUGCGAGCUUGGUUCGGAAGAAGAAGAAACCAUAA